UCACAUGAUCCGUAACGUUAGAGAUGACAGACAGACGCUCGCACCAGCUCACAACAGCGAUGAUGGCUGUGUUUUUGUGUUUGUUGUAUUUAACAUGGACAUCUGUUCGGGCAGAGAUUAAUUCUGCAUUUCUGGAUAAAGAUACUGGGCAACUGUCAUUGCAGGAAGGAUUUCGUGACGAUUAUGUUGCGUGGGGGAACUUCACUGACGACAUCGAGAACUCCGGCUGGGCAUAUCUCGAAGUGACCACUAGUGGGCGCUAUAAUGACAGCAUUCAGGCGUACGCUGCCGGCGCGGUGGAGGCUGAUCUCACCUCUCAGCUGAUCUAUAAGCACUGGAUGAACACUCUGAUGGGAUACUGCGGUCCGUUAACAUUUGAGUCAGGUUUCUGCCAGAGACUAAAAGAUUACAUCAACACAAAUCUGGAGUGGGUCAGUCAGCAAAUUGAGGACCAUCCCAACUGUCCCUAUUGGCACCAGGUGCAGUUGGCAUUGCUACAGCUGAAAGGCCUAGAGGACGGUUAUAACAAUCAGCUUUCGUUUCCCACAGGCCCUUUCACAUUCAACCCCUUUGGCUUCCUACUUUUCCAAAUGGGAGGAGACGUAGAGGAUCUUGAGGGUGCCUUAAACAAAUCAAGCCGAUCACGAACGCUGGGUUCUGGAUCCUGCUCUGCCUUUAUUAAGCUGUUGCCUGGAAACAAAGAUUUGCUGGUGUCACAUGAUACCUGGAGCAACUACCAGUCCAUGCUGCGCAUCUUAAAGAAGUACAUGUUUUCCUACCAUCUCUCUCCUACAGACAGUGAUCCAAUCCCUGGUGGAACCCAAGCGUUCUCCUCCUACCCGGGGUCAAUUUACUCUGGGGAUGACUUCUACAUCCUUAGCAGUGGACUGGUAACCAUGGAGACCACUAUUGGCAACAGUAACCCCUCUCUAUGGAAGUUUGUUCAACCAACUGGAGCAGUAAUGGAGUGGUUAAGGAACAUCGUAGCCAACAGGCUGGCUGCAAACGGCAAGGAGUGGGCAGAGAUUUUCAGCAAACACAACAGUGGCACGUAUAAUAACCAGUGGAUGAUCGUGGACUACAAGCAUUUUACCCCGGGGAUGACCGAGACUAAGGAGCAAUUGUUUACUGUACUGGAGCAGAUCCCUGGGUUAGUUGUUCACACUGAUAAAACACAGCAGCUGCUGCAGAAAAGCUACUGGUCCAGUUACAAUAUCCCGUUCUAUGAGGAGGUGUUUAAUGCCAGCGGCUAUCGAGAACUCGUUGAACAGUUUGGUCCUGUAUUCUCUAUAGACAUGAACCCUCGAGCCCAAAUAUUCAAAAGAAACCAAUCACAUGUCACAGACAUGGACUCCAUGGUUCGCCUUAUGAGGUUUAAUAACUUUAAGCAGGACCCGUUGUCUCGUUGUGAGGGCUGCGAUCCACCUGGUAACGGAGAGAACACCAUCUCAGCUCGGUCUGACCUCAACCCGGCUAACGGAACUUAUCCCUUUGGAGCGCUAAAGCAAAGAUCACACGGAGGAAUAGAUAUGAAGGUGACGUCUUACGGGCAGUGGCGUGAGUUUGGGUUCCUGGCCGUGAGUGGACCUACGUGGGACCAGGUACCGGUCUUCCAAUGGAGUUCCUCUCCCUACCCAGACCUGAUGCACAUGGGACACCCUGACAAAUGGGCAUUCCAACCUGUCCAAGUCACCUGGUCUACCUAAUUCGCCUACCUUGGUCAGCCUGUGUUGGGGGAAGGGGUGGUUGGGGAAAGGGGUGGUUGUGGGAGGAAUAAAAUGCAUCCUUUUCCCAGUUCCAAUAUAUUUUCACAUGAAUCUCCCCCUAUACUGUAGAGUAACCUGUUUUUAUAAAUGUGGAUAUUGCCUCACUUUGGUUUUGGGGCCCUAUAUAUCCCAUGCAGUUCUAUGGCCCGAAGGUUAAUGGUUGGCUAGUCGUAUUGGACUCUUCCUGCCUGUCUCUCUACACUGAUUGGAGAUGUUUUUAUAUGUAAUCAUUUCAAAUAUAAGUAAAAAUUGUCCUCCCAAGUUUCUAUGCCAAUGCAGCACAAAACCAAGGCCCUAAAGCCACAUGCAUACAGGCAAUGUACCAAAGGCAUUAAAUGCACUAAAACACAGAGUAAUCAUUUCUACAAUGUGUUCCAAGUAAUGUUUGCCCAUUUCCUGAGCCAUCAUUUAACACACCGUCAGUGUGGGAGAGGUAACUGAAUGGUAGUUUCUAAAGGGACAAUUAUAACAGUAAGUAACUCUGCUGUGUAAACGGUAUUAUUAAUAUUUAGUUAAGGGAAUCUAACUGUUGACAUUGAAUGUAUAACAAUCCAUUGGCCCCAAUCCAUUGCUUAUGGUGGUUAGCUGGUCCAACACCCUCAUGACUAACAGCUUCUAAAGUGCCGGUUUUAGACUAGAUAUAUUUAAAAAUAGAAAAAGCUGCACAAUUUAAAUUUGGGCAAAGAAACUGUACUUUGGAUGGAGAAUUUGUUCAUAAUGUUUGUCUUGUUUGGGAAGAUGCCCAUAAAUGUCUCUGUGAUUGUAUAGUUUUUUUAUGUUCAUUCUGAUAUUUGAAUUAUUGGUUUUGUUUUUAAAUUAAGCAGCCUGCAUUUUAAGUGCAUUAUAAGUAUUUUUAAGUAUUCUAUUUUGCUGCUAUUACAUUUCCUUUUUUCUAUCAACUCUAAGUCAUUCAAAUCAAAUGUUUUUGUUUUAAGCUGUAUUAAUUAGCAUGUAUAAAUUAUUUUCCUUUUUAUACAAUACGUUUAAGAAAAUGUUUUUCUUCCACAUAUUGCAUACAUGCAUGCAUGCAUGCAUACAUACCAUAUGUAUAAUACACACCACCAAUUGCUGUUAAAACAUUCCCCAUGUAAUAUUAAUGGGGAUAUUAAUGUGUUUGCCAUAGAAUGGUGUAGUGUUAUGCAAAUGCAUUAUAAACUUACUCCAGACAUUA